AUGAGGGAUUUGUUGCGAUUUGUAGACCCUCAUAGUUCACACAAGACAUUUGGUGGUAAAACAGUAGUACUAGGUGGUGUCUUUCGCCAAAUUCUGCCAGUAGUCCCUAAAGACACAGUAGAACAACAAGAGUCAGAACAGUUUGCAGAUUGGAUAGCUUCUAUUGGCGAUGGGAAAAUUGGUGAACCUAAUGAUGGUUAUGCAGAAGUUGAAAUACCUAAUCAUAUGUUACUAUCGUCAGAUGGUGACCAUAUUGAAACCAUUGUUAGAAGGCGUGCUAUACUACCACCUACACUGGAUGUAGUGAACUCAGUGAAUGAAUAUAUGAGUGAGUUGCAUACGGCUGAAAGUAGAACAUAUUUUAGUUGUGACACAGUGUGCAAAGCCAAUGCAAACGCUGGAAUACUGGGUGAUGUACACACACCGGAAUUUUUGAACGGCAUUAGAGCUUCAGGUGUACCAAACCAUUCAUUAACUUUAAAAAUUGGCUCACCAGUCAUGUUGUUAAGAAAUGUCGAUCAUUCAGUUGGAUUGUGUAAUGGUACGCGGUUGGUAAUCACCAAGUUAGCAGACCGUGUAAUUGAAGCUGGGUUAAUGGAUGGUGCUAACAAAGGAACAAAAGUGUCGAUCCCCAGAAUGUCAAUGUCACCAUCUGAUACCAGGUUGCCAUUCAAGUUUCAACGAAGACAAUUCCCAUUGAUGUUAUCAUAUGCAAUGACUAUUAACAAAAGUCAAGGUCAAACAUUGUCACAUGUAGGAUUGUUCCUUAAAAAACCAGUUUUUGUGCAUGGUCAGUUGUACGUGGCUGCUUCUCGAGUUAACAACCCAAGUGGUCUUAAAAUAUUGAUUGCCAAGAACUCAAAUUCAUCUAUUACAUCAACAACCAACGUGGUAUACCACGAAAUUUUCAAUAAUUUGUAA